UCUGUGCAUUCUUCCACAGGUACCAUCCGCUGGAGACAGCAUCCUUUCCGCACACAUAACACAUAUACGCGUACGUUUUCGGAGCUUCCGUAAGCGGAGUGGAUUUCUGGAAGUGUAGGGCAUGUGCGAUACGGCUCCAGAGGAUGACCCUAAAGUGGCAGAGGGGGCUGGUUUGGUGUCAGAUGGCCAGACGUCUCCCUCCGUCAGAUCUCCAGAGACUGCUGAGCUGACCCAAACUGGGGACGGUCUCCCAGGGGCAACCCUGACCUCCUACAGCCCACUGCGGGCGCUGCAUCGGCCCUGGUGCUUAGUUCUGGUGCUCAUCCUGCUGGUUCUCUCUCUCCUUUUCAGCUGGGCGGUGGUGCACCUCAGCUUGGGAGCUCGGAGCAAACCCUUCAGGAUUUCUUCUAGCUACAGCCAGCCCGGUGACAUGGAGACAGCGACCUAUGACCCCCGCUUCACCACCAACUGCACCAUACGAACCUCUCAAAACGUCACUCUUCGGGGCCGCUAUCACUGCAGAGGGGGCCGGGAGAUCAAUGUGAGCCAGCUGUGUGACUUCAACCUGACUGUCCACAAGGGGGACGAUGAGGGGGAACAUUGCCGUCUCACAGUCAGUUCCUCAAUGGCAGCUAUUGCUCGUUUGGAAGAGAGGAUUAUGGCUGGCAGCUGGUUCCAGGAAGAGGACCACAAUGGAGGGCCCAUCCAUCCAUUCCUCAAAGCCUCAGAAGCAGCUGUCCAUCCCCAGGUCCUCCACCUAAACUUCUUAACCUUGGCCUUGUUGGCCAUUGAUAGUCAGCCCAAAGGUCAGCGAGGAUCAGCCCAGGUGCGAAGCCCGCUUUUCUUCUACCCCUACUGGAACGCCCCUUGCAUGGUGAAGUUCUGGGUGUGUGGAUCUUCGAAUGGAAUGCUAUCGCUCUGGAUUGUAGAGAACAGCACGGGUCCUGAGGGUCAGAGGAGUCUCUGGAACUCAACAAGUGAAGCUAAUAUGGGGAAAGGGUGGAAACUCAUUACCCUACCACUUUUCGGUUUGGUGGAUCUAUUCUACCUGCAGUUCAGUGCUGAUAUUUCCUCGAGUGCAGGAAUUGCAUUUGCUGUGGAUAACUUCACUCUGAGCAUGGAGUGCUUCCUUGAAACCAAUGGAGAAUUUCCUCGGUGGCUCCCACAAGCCCUACACACAAGUGCUGUUCACACCGAGCAAUGA